AUGGCUGCUCUAGGUCCCAGUGCCCACUUUCCCACCUGGAGAGCAACACAGCGGCACCUGCCUCUUCCUGCUGAUGUGAAGAGCAUCAUAAAAUACAGCCUGCUGCUCAGCCAAGGCCGCCUGCCCCCUUGCCGCUCCACAGUCCAUGUGCAGCCACGCUUUCCCCCGGGAAGGAUGCUGCCCGGCGGUGGGUUCAGAGGCGGUGAUCCCUCUAGCGACUUGGAGUGGACGGUGGCUGCGUCCACGCCUCCCGACCUGGGUCCAAUGGAUGAAGAACCCAAGAGCCCGCCUGCCGCUGACCCUACAGCGGGCCCUCCGUCCUCGCUGAGCCCUGCCUCCCAGGCCCCAGCCCCUCCAGGCCCUCGGGCAGGCCUCCGGAUCGAGACCUGGGGCCCUGGGGGAGCCGGACCGGGGCGCAACUGGACGCAAAGCCACGGACCCUGGCGAGACCUGCUCGAUCGGAAGCCAGCUCCUCCUGUUGCGUUGGCCACCGCCCGGCUAGGCAACGGCCGGCGCAUGCGCAGAAGGACGCCGCCGCCAAGCGCCGCAGGUCCCCGCCCGCUCGCUUUUACGUGUCCGCGGCCCGUCCCGCCUGGGGGCGCCUUGGCGCUGACUCUGAGCCCGGGCCGGAGCCCGGACGGCGGCUGCUGGCGGCACUGCUGGUGCUGGCGGAAAUGGAAGCAGCUGUCGAGGCUACAGCGGAACGUGGUCCUCUUCCUGCUGGCGUUCCUGAUGCUCUGCGGCCUCCUGGCCUACAUCAGUGUGGCCGACGAGUGGAAAGCCGUGGACAGCAGGUCGGCAGAAGGGCCGAAGAUGAGACCCGCAAAUCCACCCGUCUUGCCCGCUCCUCGGAGAGCAGCAGCUGAGAACCCGGAAACCUUCGCGGGGGCGUCACCUCAGAAGCCUCCAAGGCAUUUCCGACGGGGACCACCCAACCUGCAGAUUAGAGCCCCCGAUGGAGACGCCAAGGACAGGAGGCAGGAUGAGGCCCAGAGGAGGGCAGAGGCAGCUGGUGAGGCUCGCCGGGAAGACAACGUGCAGGGAAACCGCGUCAGCUGGAGGGGCACAGGGACCGAACCGGAGCAGGGCCCCCAGCUCCCUCCGAGAAAGGCAGAGGCCGCCCCCAGGCCUUCCCCGCAAGCCCUCAGGACGAGGAACAGUCCAGGUGCAAGGACGCGCGGGUCUCGGCGUCAGGCACCCCUUAGAGCUUUGCUGACGACGUGGGGCUCCUUGGCGGCUGUCGUCCGGUGGCCGGUGCUGCAGCUGCACAGCAACGUGUGUGCGGGCGGCUCGUUUCCUGCCUGUGGCCGGGCAGCCGGGGGCCUGGGUGCUGCGGUCCUCAUGUCGCCCCUUGAGGGGAAGCGGGAGCACACAGCCAUCCUGGGCAGGUGGUCCGGGGCCACAGCUGUGGCCUUCAGACACUGUCCCCCAAGGGUGGGGGCUGAGAAGCGUGGCGAGGGGGGGUUCAGCCCUGUGGUCGGGCCCCGGGGCGGCAGCGUCCGAGGAGCGCAGCCCUCUGUGCAGCCCGCGCUGCUCACUGCCCUGCCCUCCCCUGCCCAGGAGGCCGUGGAGGAGGUGAGCAGGCGCGUGCACUCCCUGCGCGGGAAGAAGGACGGGCUGGUGCCCAUGUUCAUCAACACCGGCAACGGGCUCUUCACGCACCUGGGCGUGUUCACCCUGGGCGCCAGGGCCGACAGCUACUACGAGUACCUGCUGAAGCAGUGGAUCCAGGGGGGGAAGAAGGAGACGCAGCUGCUGGAAGACUACCUCGAAACCGUGGAGGGAAUCAAAAAGCACCUGCUGCACAGAUCUGAACCCGGCAAGCUGACCUUCGUGGGGGAACUCGCCCACGGCCACUUCAGAUAG